UCAGUUUGCUGGCAAAGAGGAUUCUGGCUUGAAGAGAAACGACAAACGGAAAUCACGUAGGUGUCGGCGGGCCAAUGAGAAUUGAGUGACUGUGUGUCUGAGUGAUGUUCUCAACUCAUUUUGACGUCUUUUGUGAUCAGCAGCUGAAGACACAGCUGUUUGGAAUAAAAAAAUCAAACUCUUCCCACGGAACAUACUUUUGGGUUACCUUACUCUUCUCAAAAGAAUCAGGCAAACAUCAUUUUUGAAACGGCACGCCAUGAACGGAUGUUGUUGAAAAGAGGAAGACGAUCAUUAAAUGACGCACGCCUUUUGUCUAUGCAGACGAUGAUCUUAAGAUCAGUCACACAUCAAUAAUCAACUCACUGUUUAAAUGUAGCAUCUUAAAGGAUGUGAUUAGUUCGGUUGCAGCUCUGAGAACAGGCCAUGAACCAAAGAGGCUUUGUGAUUGAAGUUUGACUGACAGAAGAUUUUUUCAAAACUGUCGGAUUAGGCGUGUAUUCUAUACACGCAUUAGCACAAGACUUACCUUUAUUUCCGAAAGUUGCAUAGAGGAGCUCGUCCCAGGGCUACUCUAAAACGUUUGUUCAAAAUGGCGGCUGCGACUUGUGCGAUCCCGAUUGUUGACUUCAGUGCCAUGAGCCUUCAAAACGCGAAUCUUCCAGACAAUAACAGCCAAGCUAUUAAAACUCUUGCUGAUCAACUAUAUCGAGCUUUUAGUACGAUUGGAUUUGUGUAUCUUAAAAAUCAUGGAAUUCCACAAGAAGAGUUGGAUGCUGUGUUUGAAACAUAUGACAAGUUUUUUAAUCUAAGUCCUGAAGUGAAAGCUAAGUAUAGGAAGAAAAAAAUCACUUCCCAAAAUGUAUCAUCUCAAAAUGGUUGGGAUGCUGUAGAAGCUGAAAGAACAAACUUAGACAGACCUGGAGAUUUGAAGGAAUCUUUUGAUCUUGAGUCAUUUGAUGAUGGAACUUUUAACUGGCCCAGUGCAGAAGUACCACAAUUUAAGAGCACUGUGCACUCUUUUUACAAGUCUAUGAGUGAUCUUGCAUUAAGGAUUCUCACUGCAAUGGCCAUUGGUCUUCAACUGGAAUCCAAUACAUUUACCAAAUUCUUUAAUAAGAUGGGAACCAUUGAGGGUGCAGUUCAAAUGAGGUAUAAUGCUUAUCCAAAGAUAUCAGAUCUAAGUAAAGUCAAACCUGGCCAGAUCAGAUGUGGAGAGCAUACAGACUAUGGUGCUAUUUCAGUACUGUUUCAAGAUGACAUAGGUGGCUUAGAGGUACAAAAUGUCGAUGGCCAGUUUAUACCAGCCACACCCAUGAAAGGCACAGUAGUGGUGAAUAUUGCAGACCUGAUGCAGAGAUGGACAGCUGAUAAACUUAAGUCCACGGUCCAUCGUGUGUUGAUUCCAGAAGCUGAACAAAAACACUCUGUUCCUCGCCGUUCAUUAGUAUUAUUUGUCGACCCAGACCAUGAUGCACUUAUUGAGUGCGUGGAUGGCUCAAAUAAAUAUCCACCAAUUACAUCAGGAGAAUGGAAGAAGCGAAGACUUCUGGAAACCUACAGUGAUUUAAAAAAAUGAUCAACUCGGCUGCAUCGGACUCAGGAUCUCUGCAUUGAUAUUUAAUAGAAUACAUGAAUUUUCUUCUCCAUUUUCCUCUCCCGUCAAUUUCGUCCCAUCGUCACGUCUUAAAGGUACUUAAGCUUCGGUUCAUCCUCUCUCCUCCACUUACACAUUUUAGUCAUAUCCUUCGUACUUACACUGUGUUCAUUCGGUGAAAAAUGGCGAGCGUGUCGGUUAAGCGAGCUGACGUUUCGAGAGGUAGUCCUUCGUCAUCGCUCUGACGAUGGGCUAAAGCUCGAAACGUUGGCUUUAGAAACUCGUUACGGUGACCAAUUUACAUUAUUAACUCAGUUGAUAAAACCAGAUUAUCUUGUUAUACCCCUCUACUGACGUUACACCACUGUUUCUUAAGAAAGUCACGCCCUUUAUUUGCUUGAGUAAUAGUUUUAGUCACUUAAAGUAAUUUAAGGUAACUUGCAGAUUGCUUCAGUUUCAAAAUGAGCUCUGAUGGAAAUAAUUCAAAUACUAUUGAUUGAAUUUUUAUAAGAUAAGUUUGUGCUUGAGAUCAUUUUCGUUUUUUCCCUGAGUUAAUGUAUUUCCUUGAAUGAAUGGAAAUCCUAGGCACUGAUUAAAAUAAUGAAUAAACCAGGGAUAGUGGUGAAGGGAGUGGCUUGUAAUCAUUCCGUUCGGCGAACUGUAACUCUCCUUGGGUUGAAUCUUGACGGUUUUCCUUGUCUCUUCGCCCUUGAAGAAACUCGAAGGGAGAGGAGCGGCGCUUAUUUGAGAGAGGAUAAUUUGGUACAGAUUAUUCCGUGGAGAACGCGCACGAACGGAUUGUUAUGCGCGAGUUGCGAUGCAUUGAAAAAAAAGAACGAGUGAGUAUUUUGAUGCAUCGCGACGACUGUAAAAAAUCGUUCAAGCACUUUCCAUGCUAUGAUGUUUUUAAUCUAUACGAACUGAGAUUUUUUCACAUUUCAAUUCAGUGAUUGGAAGGGAACGACUGUGAAAAUACAUCGUUCGUCCAAUCAGAGUCACGAACGACUAGUGUAAAUCCCAAUAUAUAUGAAAUAAAGAUUCUUUCGACACUUUUUACAGCA